AUCAUUAUAACAUAGUCACAACCCCACUCUCCUCUUCUUGCCGCAGAAGGUCGGUUACCGGCGAAACAAGAUCUCCAAACCUCAGACGAAAGAGGGGAGGAGGAGGAGAAGAAGAGUCAUGGCGGACUUAGAAAAUUUGCUUCUGGAAGCGGCAGGAAGAACCGGUGGACCAGGGAGGAACAGACACUCGCGCCCUCCACCAUCGAGAAGGCGAAGGGAUGAUUCCUAUUUCGACGACGGCAGCGAUUCGAAGGACGAUGACGAUUCGGACGACGAUGAUCCGGGCUACUCAGGUAGAAAACCCUCUGGAUCUCAAGUCCCUCUCAAGAAGAGACUGGACGCCCACGACAAGGACGAUGACCGCGAUAGCCGAGAUGACGACCGCGAUUACGACGAUGACGAUGAUGACGAAGAUCGCCGUGCCGGCAGCGGGGACGAUUCUGAUGUCGGGAGUGAUCUCUACAAGGACGACAGGGACAGGGAAGAACUCGCUAAUAUGAGCGAGUUGCAACGAGAGUUCAUCCUUUCUGAACGAGCCACGAAGAAAGAUGAUAAGAGGUUGCAGGAGGCCGUUAGAGCGAGGCAGGGUGGAAAGAAAACUGAUAUUAUGAAAGAGACACCCCCUUCGGUCCGUGUUCGGUCAUCGUCUAGGUAUGCCGAUAAGUUGGCUGCGAAAGAUGAUGCUUUGAAUGAGCUGCGGAAUAAGAGGAGGAACAAGCAGGACCCGGAGGGUCACCGUAAAUUGAGGGAUUCGGGAAGAGGGGGUUUGGGCGCGCGAGGUGGGUCUCCGGUUCGGCGGAGAUCGAUACUUACUGCGGCGAGUCCGAGUAGUUCGAGUCAGAGUGACUCUCAGAGUGGAAGUCACAGCAGAGAUGAUGGUUCAACAGGGGAUGGGGAUCUGGGUGACAGUGACGAUGAUAGGCAUGGAGCCGGGAAGGAGGUGCCGACGUUUGAGGAAAUUAAGAGUAUUACGAUUAGGAGGUCAAAGCUGGCUAAGUGGUUCAUGGAACCCUUCUUUGAAGAGCUGAUUGUGGGUUGUUUUGUGAGAGUUGGGAUUGGAAUGUCCAGGUCUGGGCAGAGUAUAUACAGACUUUGUAUGGUGAAAAAUGUCGAUGCCACGGACCCUAAUAAACAGUAUAAGCUUGAGAACAGGACUACAUACAAGUAUUUGAAUUGUAUUUGGGGCAAUGAGAGCUCGGCUGCGAGGUGGCAGAUGGCUAGGGUAUCUGACUCUGCACCACUCGUUGAAGAGUUCAAUGAUUGGUUGCGUGAAGUGGAGCGCCAUGGGGGGCGGAUGCCCACUAAACAGGAUGUGUCGGAGAAGAGGGAGGCUAUCCAGAAGACCAAUACUUUUGUAUACUCGGCUGCUACCGUGAAGCAGAUGCUGCAAGAGAAGAAAACUGCCUCGUCGAGGCCUUUGAACAUUGCAGCUGAGAAAGAGAGGUUGAGGAGGGAGAUGGAGGUGGCAGAGAGCCGAAGAGAUGAGGCAGAGGUGGAGAGGAUACGAGCGAGGUUGCAGGAACUUGAGGCAAUGUCUAGGCAGGCGAAGGAGAAGGACUCUAAGGCUGUAAGAUUAGCAGAGAUGAACAAAAGAAACAGGGCUGAGAAUUUCAAGAAUGCAUCAGAAUUGAAGCCGGUUAACACAAGUCUGAAAGCAGGGGAGGCGGGGUAUGAUCCAUUUUCAAGGAGAUGGACAAGGUCAAGGAAUUACUAUGUAUCAAAGCCUGGUGAGGGUGCACCAACAGCAAAUGGUGAAGCAGCUGUUGCUUCAGCAGUGUCAGUAGCCAGCAGUGGUACAGGAGCGAGAGCUGCUGCAGAGGCCGGCAUUGCUGCAACAGCUGCUGCUUUGGAAGCAGCAGCUGGUGCUGGAAAGUUGGUGGACACAAGUGCCCCAGUUGAUCAAGGGACUGAGUCAAAUUCGCUGCAUGACUUUGAGCUUCCAAUAUCAUUGGCAGGACUGCAAAAGUUUGGAGGACCCCAGGGAGCCCAUUUGGGAUUCUUGGGUAGGAAGCAGAGGAUAGAGGCAACAGUUGGAUGUCGUGUCCCAGAAAAUGAUGGGAGGCGGCAUUCUUUGACCCUGACAGUUAGUGACUACAAGCGACGGAGAGGUCUGCUCUGAAAUGUGACACUGCAAACAACUUAUGGUGGAUUAGGUCGUGGGAGAUUGCAACUGUGAAUCAUGUUGGGGCUUAGGUAUACUCUUCUUGCUUGGCUUUGACUAGCUGGAAGUAGAGAGCUGCUCUAAAAUGGGAUCGAUCGAAUGACUGAUGACUCUCAUGUCCCUUGGAUGUUUAUACACUAUCAGAGAUGCUAGAUACUUGGCAUCUAGAGUGAACAGCUCUGUCAAAUCAGCAAAGGUUGCCCAGCUCAUUGGCUAUUUUGUUGAUAGCCUUGCAAGUGAAGGUUCAGGAGGAGAGAUUUGUAUAGGGAUCAUUCUACUGAGAGUUGGUUUUGUAUUGUCCUUUUAAUUUGUUUUUGCAUCACUUAUGAGAUAUAUGUUCUAUUAUAUUUGUAUUUCAAAUUUCUUCUAUCGAUUAAAAAUUAAGGUAAAUUACAAA